UCCGGCGCUCCUGCGCACUCAUGAUUCUUGGGCUGUUGUGGCGGUUUUUUGAGCCUGGGGAAUCAUAGAGAGAAAUGACCACGGCCACUGUGACUGGAGUCUGCAGCUGGAUUUUGGGUGGCUUGCAGUCCAGGAUCUGGGCUCCCUUGGAAGCGGGUGGAUGGGUGAGGCAAAGGAAGUGGAGAGGGAAGCGGAGGACCUAUAUGAAGCACCCCGAGGGUGGCGAUGACCACCCAUCUGUCCCCGGGCCCGAGUGGAGUGAGGCCCUUUUGGAUAUAUGUCAGAGGAGGCAUUUCCUGGAUGGGACCCAGCUGCUCCGGAGGGACUCCCUCCGGAGCGGCUGCCACCCUGCCUUUGGUCCCCUUGGUGUGGGGCUCAGGAAGAACCUGGCCUCGGAGUGGUGGUCCUCGGUGGCGGCAUUUCGGGAGCAUAUCUUGCCGCUGGACGUCCCACACCAUGAGCCGGCUCCUACCGGGCUCAGACCCCAGAGACUCUGCUUAAUCCCCGCCGACGCUCUCCGGGGAGUCUUGCAAGACAAAGCAUUAAGUAAAGAACAGCUAGUUACCUUUAUUGAGAACAUGCUAAAAACUUCUGGGACACUGCGGGAGAACCUCCUUUACGGUGCUCUGAAGCACUAUGUUAAUUGCCUGGAUCUGGUAAACAAGAGGCUGCCUUAUGGUCUUGCUCAGAUUGGAGUAUGUUUUCAGGAUGUUCCUGAUAUUGGGCCCACAUGUGAUGGCAUCAAAAGAAUAGGUGAAAGGACCAUGUCUUCCCUGGUAUGGUUUACUGCUGCAAGAACAGCAGGCCAGUGGCUUGAUUUCUGGCUGCGACAUCGACUUUUGUGGUGGAGAAAGUUUGCAGUAAGUCCAUCCAACUUUAGCAGCAGUGACUGCCAAGAUGAAAAGGGACGGAAAGGAAGCAAGCUCUUCUACAGUUUUCCCUGGGGAAAGGAGCCAAUAGAAACACUCUGGAAUCUUGGAGACCAUGAACUUUUACAGUUGUAUCCUGGAAACAAAUCUAAAUUGCAUGGCCGAGACGGAAGAAAAAAUGUGGUUCCUCAAGUACUUUCUGUGAGUGGAGAUCUGGACCAAGGAGUGUUAGCAUAUCUCUAUGAUUCCCUUCAGCUAACAGAUAAAUCCUUUGUAGGAAAGAAAUAUCUUCAGAGAAAGGUACUUAAACUUCACCCUUGUUUAGCUCCAGUCAAGGUCGCUUUGGAUAUGGGAAGAGGUCCAACAAUGGAGUUGAGACAGAUUUGUCAAGGACUGUUUAGUGAAUUACUAGAAAGUGGCAUUUCUGUGUGGCCUGGGUAUUUGGAAACCAUGCAGUCUUCGAUGGAACAACUUUAUUUAAAGUAUGAUGAAAUGAGUAUACUCUUUACUCUUUUGAUAACUGAAACUACUUUGGAGAAUGGAUUAAUACAUCUGAGAAAUAGAGACACCACAAUGAAGGAGCUAAUGCACAUAUCUAAAGUAAAGGACUUUUUAAUCAUGUAUAUUACAGCUGCCAAAAAUGUAUAGAAAUUAGUAGUUUAAUAAAUAUUUUUGUCAUUUGAAUUGGAUAGCUCCUCAUAUUUUAAAUAUGUGUCCUGCUUUAUGAAAAAAUGUUUUAUCUGUUAUGAAAAUGCUUUAUUUAGUUCCUUUUUUGUUCCUUACCUCCAAUUUUGUGUGAU